AUGAAUAUUAAUCUAAUUAUCAUCCACUUGUUAUCAACGAUCCAUUUUUCCUUAGGAAAUGAAGACAAGAUAACUCAAAUAAACGAAGGAUAUCCUCUUGAUACUGAAGAUCUUCCUGCAGAAUCAUCAUCUGAAAUCCUAGAAUGUCCAUCUUCAAAUGUUUUCCGUAUCAAAUAUAAGUGUCCUGGACCUUCAAACACCUGGACAGAUUGUAUUAGAGCUCAAUGUUGUCCAGGUUAUAAUCUAAUUAAUCGAAAAUGCUAUCCUCAAAGUUUAGAUCCAUGCAGUUUGAGUAUAUGUGAACAAAGAUGUUCUGUUAUUCUUCACAAGGUCAUUUGCACUUGCUGGGAUGGUUAUAGAUUUAGUACAGAUAAUCAACGACUUGGAAAGAAGCCUCUAUGUAUUGACAUUGAUGAGUGUUCAGAAAAUACUCAUGAUUGUGAACAGAUCUGUAUCAAUAAACCUGGGGGAUUCUCUUGCAAUUGUAGGAAUGGAUUUUCUUUAAGGAAAGAUAAUACAACUUGUGAAAAUAAUCAUUUAAAUGAACCAAAAAUUAGCAAUAAUACAAGUACAGUCGUAAAUAAUUCUCAGUGUUUAUCAAGCUGCACCACAGUUCAACGUCUUCAAAAAAAAGUCUCUAAGCUACAUGAAAAAUUAACUGCCUUAGAAACUGCAGUUUCAUUAUCAAUAAAUAUUUUGAAUCAACGUGAUAAUUUAGGUCUUUACAAAUCUAAUGGAUAUCGUGAAAAUGUUGCACAGAAUAUUCACUCUAGUUCAUCAGCAGCUUAUAACGAAUAUUCUCAUAGCAAAUCAUAUUCAGUAUUUGAUAGUUUUGUUCAAAUCGGAUCUGAUUAUUGUAAAUGUCAACGUGGGCCAAUUGGACCACCAGGCCCACCAGGCAUGACUGGACCAAAAGGUGCAACUGGAGAAAGAGGAUCUCGAGGGCCUAAAGGAGCUGAUGGAAAUAUCGAUUUUUUGCUAUUAAUACUAGCAGACAUUCGAUACGAUAUUACCAUACUUCAAGAAAAAGUUUUUCCUGGGCAAAUACCUCCAAAGUUUGACUUGGAUGAGGUAUUAAAAAAGCAGCGGCUAUUGGAUGAGUCUAAAAAAGUAAAAAAAGAGGGCAAAAAAAUAGAAGAUUUUAAAGGAUCAAAAACUCUCCACUUCUCCGAUUACGCAUCGCCUGAAGAAGGUUUUAUUGAGUCUUCGGGUGAUGAAUGGGAUCACUAUGAAGAGUAAAAGAUUCAGCAAUAUGAGAAUAUCUUUCAUUCGUUAAAUAUAAGUAUCAUACAUGUUUUUAUUAUUGAAUUUUAUUCCUAUGUAAUAUAGAAACUGUUUGAUAGGAUCAUUCAAGAUAUUUUAGUCUACUAAUGGUGUUCAAAGUAGCUCAUUAUAAUACUGGUUAUUAAAUUAAUUUAGAAUCCGUAAUAUGAUUAGUAACUACAUAACGCUGGUAUAUUAUUCUGAGGAUUUACUCCAAGGAUCAAAUUGGGCAGUCCUGUAAAGCUGCGCCUGCGUUUGCAACAGUUGCGAGUUUGUACCAAUUGCGCAUUGGCCGUGAAGAAUCUCACUCACUGAGAAGAGAUUCGAUGUUUCAGCUUUUAACCACGCCCAGAUCUUGCUCCCCUUAGAUCAGAGCAUUUAUCCUUGCAUUGAAAUAAAAAAAAAUAUAUGUGCAUUGAAAAACCGGUUGAAUGUUAGAAUAUUUUAUGCAAGUUAUUAUAUGGAUUUCUUUAUCCUUAAUCCGUUUAAUGUGAUAUUGUUCAAGAUAUUUAUUAAU